AAUACACUGAAAAAAGCUUCACAAAACCUUACGAGCUCAUCAUCCAGCAAAGUAAGGGCGAUUCGUCCUCUUUCCCGUCACUCACACCUAAUCACCCUCACCCAACUCAUCAAUUUUAUUUCUAGCACCAACUCCCGGUUUUUAGCAUUCUUCUGCGUGCUUAGUUUCUGUAAAUCAGUGCUUCAAUUCCUUCAUUUAAAUGGACGGAAAUGGAACAAUCCAAGAUGGUAGAACUGUUGAUUCAUUCUUGCGGAACUACAAGCUCGGGAAGACUCUUGGGAUUGGCUCAUUUGGUAAAGUUAAAAUUGCUGAACAUGCAUUGACUGGCCACAAAGUUGCUGUCAAGAUCCUUAACCGCAAGAAAAUUAAGAAUAUGGAUAUGGAAGAAAAAGUUCGAAGAGAAAUCAAAAUUUUGAGAUUGUUUAUGCAUCCACAUAUCAUUCGUCUCUAUGAGGUCGUGGAGACACAAUCUGAUAUUUAUGUCGUGAUGGAGUAUGUUAAGUCUGGUGAAUUGUUUGAUUAUAUUGUGGAGAAAGGCAGGUUACAUGAGGAUGAAGCUCGCAAUUUCUUUCAGCAGAUAAUCUCGGGAGUGGAGUAUUGCCAUAGGAAUAUGGUGGUUCACCGGGAUCUGAAGCCUGAGAACUUGCUUUUGGAUUCUAAAUUGAAUGUGAAGAUUGCUGAUUUUGGGUUGAGUAACAUCAUGCGCGAUGGUCAUUUCUUGAAGACAAGUUGUGGAAGCCCCAACUAUGCUGCUCCAGAGGUUAUAUCUGGUAAAUUAUAUGCGGGGCCUGAAGUGGACGUCUGGAGCUGUGGUGUUAUUCUCUAUGCACUUCUUUGUGGCACCCUUCCCUUCGAUGAUGAAAACAUUCCUAAUCUUUUCAAGAAAAUUAAGGGAGGAAUUUAUACGCUCCCCAGCCAUUUAUCGGUUGAUGCUAGAGAUUUGAUUCCUAGGAUGCUUAUUGUUGAUCCAACUAAGCGAAUGACUAUUCCCGAGAUUCGUGCUCACGCUUGGUUCCAAGCUCAUCUGCCUCGCUACUUGGCUGUUCCACCGCCAGAUACAACACAGCAAGCUAAAAAGAUUGACGAAGAGAUUCUUCAGGAAGUGGUUAAUAUGGGAUUCGACAGGAAUGGACUUCUCGAUUCUAUUCAAAACAGAGUUCAAAAUGAGGGUACUGUUACGUACUAUCUGCUGCUGGACAACAGGUUCCGUGUUUCUGGUGGCUACCUUGGAUCUGAAUUCCAAGAAACUGUGGAACACGGAUAUCAUUCAACUAAUCCAAGUGAAAGUGUAGCCUCUCCUGCCGGGCAACGAUCUCCUGGAGCUAUCGAUUAUCAACAAUUUGGGGAAAGGCAAUUUCCAUCUGAGAGGAAAUGGGCACUUGGACUGCAGUCUCGAGCCCAUCCACGUGAGAUAAUGACAGAAGUUCUCAAAGCUCUGCAAGAACUUAAUGUAUACUGGAAAAAGAUUGGGCACUACAACAUGAAAUGCAGAUGGGUUCCCGGCGCUUCUGGUCAUGGUGAAGGAGCAGUUAAUAACUCUAUGCAUGACAGUAACUAUUUCGAGGAUGAAUCUUCUAUCGUGGCCACGGUUUGA